AUGGACCGAACGUCAGACUCUGAAAUUGCGCUCGAGUCGAACGACCGUAGCGAUAAACUCCCGUUGUUUGACGAUGUGAUCAAUAAGUCAUCCUCCAGCCCACUCAGAACUUCGCUUUCUGGUGACCACCAAAGCAAAACGAAACCACACCUUCCCUUCUACGUGAAUAAUACUAUUGCCGAAGAUCCGCAAGCGCUAUAUGAUCUCAUUCGCGAGCAAGCCUGCCUCCCACCACGGCCGUUUCUUACGAUCAGGGGGCGCAAGGGGUUCUCAACAGAUUUAAAUUUCACGAUUGACUUAACGCUUACGGUACUCCGGCUUAAAGCGAAUGACGGCGAGUGGAACGAGCUUAAGGUUGUUCAGGAUGGGGACGGGGUAGAGGCUUUUCGCGGCGGUCGGUGCAUGUCGCUGGAAUGGGAACACGCUUCCCGCCUUGAAGGGCUUCGCAUAGAAAGGGAUUCAGGAAAUGGAGAUAGGGAGCUGGAAGAUCAAAGCCUUCUAGGGAUGAAUGGGAAUCGCUUAGAUGGAGAGGGCUCUUCUCUUAUGGCCUGGUGUGAGCGGUUCUGUCGUGAUCCUGCUGGAAUUAAGACAUUCACGUUGCAACGAGAUUUGUCGGGAUUCGAUCACGAAUCUGUACGGUCUGAGGUCGCCUGGUACCUGAGGUCAAUUGACUACGACGGGCAAAUAUUUGUGACGUUUAAAAUCUGGAACAAAUCUCUCAAGGUAUAUUCGCCACGCUGCCAGUGGUAUAGACAUGUACGGGAAAGCAGGUCUUUUGAAGCGUUGAUGUAUAUCGCACAGCUAUGGAUCGUUCUAUCGCCUUUGUUCACCUACUUGGAAGGGCGCUAUGGGGUUGUACGUUCAGUCUGGCGGUCAUCACGGACAGUCAAAGAUACUGUAGCCCCGUCCGGAGUUAGCAGAAUCUUUGCACAUGGCCGAAAUGAAGCACAGAUAGUGGACUUAUGGUCCACUGCUAUCGCUCAGGCAGUUAAGGAUCGAGAGAACUCCGGCAGGAUUCUCAGAUUGGAAUACCUUGAAACUCUCCAGGAGCGCACACAGGAGCGUAUGGCACAUGUUGGGCUAUUCUUACCGGAGCAGAAUACGGUAGGUAGCUCGGGGUCUGGAACAGCACAGGCUGGUUCUUCUAAUCUCCCUUGGGAAGUGGGAGAAAAUACCAACACUGCGGGCUCCAAAUAA